AUGAAGAUCGCUCCUUUCUGGGUGUCUAUCGCCCUAUUAGUCCCACGGGCUUUAGCAGUCCCUACUGAAUCCAGUAGCUCUACGGCCGCGGCACCAACAUGUACAUCUUCCCUCAUCGCCAGUCUCUGCAGCUACCCGGAUCCUGGGCCAGACUUUGCCGUCGCCAUCGACAGCAGGGCAUCCUGCUGGGACUACUGUAACGCCCACCCUCCCUGCAACUUUGUUAUCUUCGAUGCCGGCAACCCUUACACGGGCACCGGCACGUGCUGGCUGUACCCCGGUGAAACUUUUGAUGCAAGCAAAGGUAGUUCGAAUUGCGGCAACCCCUACCUGUCCGUCUAUAGCCAGCCCGUGUGUGCUGGCGGGAGCGCAACCACCACUGCUGGCGCCUGCGCCGCUACCGCGACUCCCUCUGCUAUUGCGUCGGUCUGCGGGUACCCGACGCCUGGUGACAACUGCUGGUACAGUUGUUCUGCUAGUACGGAUGCAACGAACUGCUUGAGUCAAUGUGCAAAGGCCGAUUCCUGCAACUAUGUCGUCUUUAAUCCGCAUAAUCCAGACAACUCGCCGUACGCCUCGGGCACUUGCUGGAUGUAUCCGAACGGCACAUUUAACGCUGGGUCUGCGACCGCUUGUAGUGGUGCUCCUAAGCAGUUUGUGUAUAACAACUUGUGUCCCAAGCCAUCACCUUCAUCGUCUGCUGCGGAUGGCUCUAGUGGCACUGGAACUGCAGGCACUGCUCCGGGCUCAACUACUGGCGCUGCUACGGGCUCUAAUGGCACUGAAACCGCAGGCAAUACUACGAGCUCAACUACUAGCAGCAAAAAUUCUGCGCCUACCGGCCUCUCGCUCACUAAUCCAUCGGCUAUAGGCGUGGCUAUAUUAAUAUGGCAGGCCCUUUAA